AUGGUGGAUGAUACAAAUUACAUAACACCCCAUGAGGCAGCUUUGGCUGUCGUAGCUACAGCUAUGAAAAAGGCAAGACUACAUAUCACUACGUUAAUUUUAAAUGCUCUGAUGGGUGGGUUUUUAUUCUCUUCAGGCUCUAUGCUUUACAUUAUGAUCCAUGCAAACAGUCCGAGUGCAGAAACUAAUAAUCCUGGUCUUUUAGAUAUUCUUGGAGGUAUAGGAUUUGGUAUCGGCCUUUUCUAUGUUGUAAUCAUGGGUGUUGAUUUAUACAACUCAAAUAUCCUAUUUUUUUCCGUAGGUCUUCUACGAGGGGCCAUCUCCAUUUGGGAUCUGUUAAUAUCCUGGUUUGUUAGUAUUUUCGGUAAUAUUGGUGGUUCUUUAUUUAUGUCUUACAUUCUAGUUCAUUUAUCUACCAUAUCAAGGAGUGCUGAUGCUAUAAGUGCAUCAAUAGGAAUAGCCGAAGAAAAAGUUCAUCCAAAUUUCAUUGAAGUUUUUCUAAAGGGCUGUGGCGGUAAUUUUUUCGUCUGUUUAGCAAUAUAUUUACAACUCAUGGCCAAACCUUUACACGUCAAAUGCCUAAUGUUGGUUUUGCCUGUAUUGACAUUUGUCACAAUUGGAUUCUCUCACACAAUUGCAGAUAUGGGUCUCAUGUUCACAGCAAUGUUAAAUGGUGCUAACGUAACCGUGGGUGAAUAUAUUUGGAGAAUAUUGAUCCCAACUGCUUUAGGCAAUGCACUAGGUGGGUUUAUGUUUAGCUUAAUUCUACCAUUCUAUCUACAUUUGGUAGUUGUUGAAAGAGAUAGAAAGAGACUUUCAUUACCUACAUAUGAGGCAAGAGAUGAACAACCGGAACUUAAUAUGGAUUCCCGUGUCGUUAGAAUAACAUCCAAGGAACGUAAAGAGUUUGACGAUGUCGAUGAAACAGAUUCAUCAAAUACUAGCAAUGCCGCUAUGUCUGAAUUUGAUAAUAAUUAUAAUGAAAAAUAUGACCUUCAAAUGCAUGAUCAAAGUGCUCUUUCCCGUAGAAGUACCACGCAUUUAAGAUAUCCGACUAAGAGUAUUUCCCACACCACGACGGCUACAACAGAAAUAAAUAAUGAUUCACAUUCAAAUACUAAUUUGAAUGCAAAAAAUAACAACACUGAUAGUCAUGAAUGGUCCUCCAGUGAUUUGGAUUCGUCCAUGUAUAAUCCAUCCUUUUCCUUAUAUUCAGCUAAUGGUGAUGUAGCAUCAGUACCAGAGCCAUACUAUGCUAAUGUGUCACAGAAAUUCGAUAAAGACAAUCGUGACGUUUUAAACAAAGCAUCGGAGUCCUAUACGCUAGGAUUAAAGGAUGUAAAACGCCAUAUUAGAUCACCACCAGGUGUUUUCCCAGUAAGAGGAAUGGGUACACCAUUAAUCAGAGAAAAACACAUUGAAGAUCCUACUCACAUUGAUGAAGAUUUAAAACCACUUAGUGAGGGACAACGUUCUAACGAUCGUAAUGAAAGUAUAUUAUCAAGGAUUCAAACCGCCUCUUCAUAUAGACAGAAUGUUAUUGAAAGAAUCAAAACUAUUGAAAAGGAAGAAAAAGAGGAUUACAAACUUUCAGGUGGGUAUGAUGUUGAACAAUCAAAACCUAGUGCACAAUUGAAGAGGGUACUUACAAGAAUAGUAUCUUCAAAACAUAGUACUACAGAUCAUGACGAUAUUGAAAGUGGCACAUCUAGAACAACACAGAGUCCCUUCCCAUUUAAUCGUCCAGAUAAUGUUCGUUCUUAUGAUACUGUAUCAGUAUCUGAAUCCAUGGGCAGCGGUUUUAAGAGUUUUUAUUCACAAAGAAGGAAAAGCUUCCGUGAAGUAGGUAUCACUGGUAGAGCAGCAAUGAUGGCAAACAAUACUGCUGGUGUGGAUAAUUAUAGCCUUUCUGAUAUCAAUCAACAUAACAAAACACCACAAAUGUCACGGUUCCCAAGUAAUGCAACUAAAAAAUGCGGUGAGUUGUCAAGGAAAUCUUCAUUGAUACCACGUAAAACUCAAUCUUUCCAUGAAACUGUGAGUUAUUUGAAGGAGAAAAAUGAAACAAAAGACGAUACUAACCAGUUAAAAAAAGUAAAGAAAGUCACCACAUAUAAUAUUGGAGAACAUGAUGAAGGAAAUUCGUCUGAUGAAUCUAAGAGUGAUUCAACAUUAGACAAUGAACACUGA